UUCCAUCUGGUGCUGCCUGCGGCGGGGUGGGGCGGUGACCAGCACAUCCCGGCUCCUUCUUCCUCGGAGCAGCGGGGGUGGAGAGAGAGGGGCUGGGGGAGGUCCUCUCCGCCCCCGUCGGAGGGAGCGGAGUGGAGCGAGGGGAAAGUAUGUGAAAAUUGUUCCUAUUUCUUCAGGUCUGUGGAAGUGAGUUUUGCAUUGUCCACUUCGAGGCAGCAUUUUUGAUACUCUUUGCAGAGUGGACAAGCUGUUUGUUUUGGUCUUGUGUUAUCAGGAAAAUGACUCUAGCUUCGCACCUACCCCUUUGCACCUACGCAUCUGUUCCUACCCCUUCAUCUCAAUUAUCUGUCCUUUCUCAGAACACAAUCAAUGUUGAAGUAGUUAAUGUGAAGUUAUUCAGUGCAAAGUAUAUCACCUUGAAUAGGGUGGAAAAUAUCGUGCAAAGCUUAAGUUUCUGUGGAGGAAACGUGUUGAACUCAAAACCUUCUGGAAAUAUGCAGAGGUUUCUUCUGUUGAAUAAAUGCAAGUUAAAAACCAAAUUAAAGCCUCCACUUUACUGAAACAAAGCCUCCAACAGGAGUUGCAUCAGUAGCAGUUUUUCUUCCUGCCUCCAUGUGGUCCUGACAAGUUGCCUCUGGUGUCAGUAAUAGACCUUCUACCAUGAGCAAUUCUACUCCAGCUACAGGUAAUGAGAAGACAAAAAGUCAAGGAAGAAGAUCACUAUGUUCCCCUUCACGUGUCAUUCAUAUUCGUCAAAUUCCAGAUGGUGUUACUGAAGCAGAAGUUAUUUCAUUAGGUGUCCCUUUUGGCAAAGUAACAAAUGUCUUGAUGCUAAGAGGGAAAGGUCAGGCAUUUUUGGAAAUGGCUUCCAUAGAUGCUGCUGUUUCUAUGGUGAAUUGCUACGCUCUUGCUACACCCCUCCUCCACAAUCAGCCAGUUUAUAUGCAAUAUUCCCAUUACAAGGAACUUAGGAUUGACAAUCAACCUAAUCAGGCUAGACCCCAACCUGCACCACAAUGUAUGAAUGCUGUGCAGCAUGGAAACCUGGGUAUUACAAGUGCUUUUGCUGCUGAAGGUGGGGUCCUACCAAGUCAUGGUUCUGUUCUUCGAGUCCUUGUUGAAAAUGUUUUUUGCCCUGUCACUUUAGACACACUGUAUCAGAUUUUCUCUAAAUUUGGCUUUGUCUUGAAGAUUGUCAUGUUCCAUAAGAACAAUCAAUUUCAAGCUCUGCUCCAGUAUGCUGAUGCAAUGAAUGCAUAUUAUGCCAAAAUGGCUCUGGAUGGCCAUUGUAUCUACACUGGCUGCUGCACUCUGCGUAUUGAUUUCUCCAAGUUUACUAAGCUAACGGUGAAGUACAACAAUGACAAAAGUAGAGAUUUCACUCGCACUGACCUUCCUUUUGGUGAUGGCCACCGAACUGUAGAGACAUCCUUAUCUACUCCUUUUGCCACCCAAAAUACCAUAUUUCCAUCAUAUACAGGGCCUCCUGGGUUUGCCCCAGCCUUGGGCUUUCCUCAGGGAGCAGGUCCUUCAGCUCUGCCUGUUCCUGGAGCACUUGGUCCUCUCACGGUCACCACAUCAGCAGCACCUGGACACAUGACUGUUCCGGGUAUUCCAGGAAACUCUGUUUUACUAGUCAGCAACCUCAACCCUGAAGCCAUCACACCUUAUGGACUUUUCAUCCUAUUUGGUGUAUAUGGUGACGUGCAUCGUGUGAAAAUCAUGUUUAAGAAAAGAGGAAUUGCUUUGGUUCAGAUGGCAGAUGCAACCCAAGCUCAAUUAGCUAUCAACUACUUGAAUGGACAAAAGCUUUAUGGAAGGGUCAUGCAUACUACUCUUUCAAAAUAUCAGACAAUUCAACUUCCUCGUGAGGGACAAGAGGACACAGGUCUGACAAAGGACUAUAGCAAUAGCCCUUUACAUCGUUUUAAGAAUCCCUGCUCCAAGAAUUUUCAAAAUAUCUUUCCUCCAUCUGCAACCUUGCAUCUGUCCAACAUCCCGCCUUCUGUUACUGUCGAUGAUUUGAAGAACCUUUUUACAAGUAAAGGAUCUACUGUGAAAGGCUUCAAAUUUUUCCAGAAAGAUUGCAAAAUGGCUCUUAUCCAGCUGGGCUCAGUGGAAGAAGCAGUUCACGCUCUCAUUGAGCUUCACAAUCAUGACUUUGGAGAAAACCAACAUCUCAGAGUUUCCUUCUCAAAAUCUUCAAUCUGAAUUUUGUGUGAAUUUUUCCUUUAAGGCUGCUGAAUGUUUUCUCUAAAAUCUUCAAACAGAGACUGAGACAGCUCUGACCAACUCUCUCUCUUAAAAGAAAAACCUCACUCAUUCACAAAGAAUUAAGUCAUGAUUUUUUCUGAUUCUAGCUGCAAUUAUGUCAUCCAUAGAAAGAUUCUUCUGUGAAAUCAUUUUAGCAACAAUAUUUAUCAUCAAAUUUCCUACUUGAAAUUAUAUUUUAAGACCAUCCUUUCAGCUUUUGUUUGAAAUCAGCCUUACAAAACAAUUUAGAGUGCUUUUGCAAUGUACCAAACGAGUAUGUUUAAUGAAAAGGUAAACCUACUCUGUGCAGAUUAAACACUAAUUUGAAAUGUGAAAUAGUGCUUGGGUUUCUUGAAGAAAAGCAAACAGUAACUGUGAGUAUCCUCUAAAUAGUAUUUAUGUUACCAAGGUGUGUGUUCAUACUUUGACGAAUCUUUACAAAUAACUUGCUUAUAAAAAUAAAAAGUCUGUGCUGUUCUUAUAGAUGAAAUUAUUAGAGAAAAGGCAGUGCCUUCUCUCUGGAAUAAAAGUAUUUGACAAAUUA